GUCCCGCUGCCACAGACACACAGCAAGAGGUGCUUUGGCAGCAGAGUGUCUGUUGGCAUCAUCUGAACGGCUGCAGCAGAGGUGCCAUGGGGCCAGGCUGUGCCAGUGUCCUGGGCUGGCUCCUGCUGGCACAGGCAGCCCUGCAGGCCACAGGUGGCCGUCCCUGUGAUGCCAAGGAUUUUGGGCACGGCUCGCUGGUCUGUGCCUGCAGUGCCACGUACUGUGACACGCUGGACCCCCUGGUCCUGCCAGCCCCUGGCUCCUACGUCAAGUAUGAGAGCAGCAAGGCUGGCAAGAGGCUGGAGAGGAGUGAGGGGAGCUUCCAGCACAACACCAAGAGCCCAGAUUUCCACCUCACCCUGGACACAGCACAGAGGUACCAGAAGGUGAAGGGGUUUGGUGGCUCCAUCACUGAUGCAGCUGCCAUCAACAUCCAGUCCCUGUCCAAGGAUGCCCAGAACCACCUGCUCCGCUCCUACUUCUCCGAGGAAGGCAUUGAGUACAACCUGGUGCGUGUGCCCAUGGCCAGCACUGACUUCUCCAUCCGCCUGUACACCUACAACGAUGCCGAGGGCGACUUUGAGCUGAGGCACUUCAACCUGACAGAGGAGGACACACACAUGAAGAUCCCCAUCCUGCAAGCAGCCCAGGCAGUGGCCAAGCGGCCGCUGUCGCUGUACGCCAGCCCCUGGACCUCCCCGGUGUGGAUGAAGACAAACGGAGCGAUGACAGGCAGGGGAACACUGAAGGGCAGCCCUGGGGACAAGUACCACCGGGCCUGGGCCAAGUACUUCGUCCGGUUCCUGGAUGAAUAUGCCAAGCACAACCUGACCUUCUGGGCAGUGACAGCAGGGAACGAGCCCACAGCUGGUGAGAUCGUCUUCUACCCCUUCCAGUGCCUGGGCUUCUCCCCUGAGCACCAGCGGGAUUUCAUUGCCCAGGACCUGGGCCCGGCGCUGGCCAACAGCUCCCACCGCCACGUCCAGCUCAUCAUCCUGGAUGACCAGAGGGUGAUGCUGCCCUACUGGGCUGAGGUGGUUCUCAAGGACCCUGUGGCUGCCAGCUACAUCAGCGGCAUCGGCAUCCACUGGUACCUGGAUUUUCUGGCGCCCAUCGACCUGACACUCUCCAUCACCCAUCACCUCUUCCCAGAGUAUUUCCUCCUCUCCACGGAGGCUUCCACAGGCUCCUACUUCUGGGAGCCCAGGGUGGUGCUGGGUGGCUGGGACCGUGGGAGCAAGUACAGCCACAGCAUCCUGACGAACCUCAACAACUACGUGACAGGCUGGACUGACUGGAACCUGGCCCUGGACAUGGAGGGAGGCCCCAACUGGAGCAAGAACUACGUGGACAGCCCCGUCAUUGUGGACAGCAGCAAAGACAUCUUCUACAAGCAGCCCAUGUUCUACCACCUGGGCCACUUCAGCAAGUUCAUCCCCGAGGGCUCGCAGCGUGUGGGACUGGCGGUCUCCAAGAGGUGCCGCCGCUGUGACCUGGAGCACUCGGCUUUCCUGCGCCCCGACGGUGCCAUCGUCCUGGUGGUGCUGAACCGCUCCCCCGUGGACGUGUCCUUUGGGAUCUCUGACCCACGUGUCGGCUUCAUCGAGGCCGUGGCUCCCAGUGACUCCAUCCAGACGUUCCUCUGGAAGCAGCCAGCCUAGCAUGGGCACAGCCAGCAGAGGAGUGAGGCGCCA